GUACAAUGGCAGAAGAAGCUCCCGCCGCGGCUCCGGCCAAAGCCGCCAAGAAGAAAACCACCAAACCCAAGAAGAGCGGCCCCAGCGUCAGCGAGCUCAUCGUCAAAGCCGUGUCCGCCUCCAAAGAGCGCAGCGGCGUGUCCCUGCCCGCGCUCAAGAAGGCUCUGUCCGCCGCCGGGUACGAUGCGGAAAAGAACAAGGCUCGGGUCAGGCUCGCCGUCAAGAAGCUGCUGGAGAAGGGCACUCUGGUCCAGAAAAAGGGCUCCUAUAAGAUGAACAAGACCGAGACCGUCAAGAAGGUGAAGAAGCCCGCAAAGAAAGCCGCUCCUAAAGCCAAGAAGCCCGCGGCCAAGAAACCAGCCACCGCCAAGAAACCCAAGGCAGCCAAGAAGCCCGCCUCCCCCAAGAAGGCCAAGAAGUCCCCGAAGAAGGCAGCGAAGCCCGCAGCCAAGCCCGCGGCCAAGAAAGCAGCCAAGAGCCCCAAGAAGCCCGCCAAGAGCCCCAAGAAGGCGGCGAAGAAGGCCCCUGCAGCCAAGAAAGCGGCCCCGAAGAAAACAGCCAAGCCCAAAGCCAAAAAGGCAGCGGCCCCCAAGAAGAAGUAAAGUCCCCGCU